GCCAUUGGGUGGUGCUUCAUCUUGUUCAGCAUUUUGACUGUUCUAAAAGAAAUUGCAAUAAGGAGAGAUCACUUGGAAGAAUUUGAACAUGAUUUAUUGAGAUAGAGAAAUGAAUGUAUUUGGGGAUUAGACAACGUUGACCCAUCAUGCAGAACGGAAUCCCAGGGUUUCAGCUUUCCAUUGAGUACAGUUUAAUUUAGACCUGUUUUUGUCAGAAAAAUCACCAUCUGAUCACAGUGAAUUACAGCUGCAGUUUGCUUAUCAAGUUAGCUAGCCAUCAUUAGUUUAAAAUUCCAACUGAAAAAUCCACUGUUCUCCUUCUGCUGCUCAGCAUAGCAAAAAGCUGAAUGGGAGACAGAGCUAGUUGAUUACUCCUUUGCACACUUCACAAUUAGUACAAGUAGAUUCAUGGUUCAUUGAUAAAUCUUUACUUGUGUUGUAGUGAAGGUUUCAGAUUUUGCUGUGUCUGUGGGAGGAAGUUUGGAGGAAGUAACCUCCCCAUAUACACACCUUUGUCUACCAUGCUAUAAAAAGCUCAGUCGGGCUAGCAGAGGACACAAUAUCACCAUGGAGAUCAUCGUGUUUUUCUCGCUGUUGCUUUCAGUCUGCACUGUUUCAGCAAAUCUGGCUGAAGCAGAUAAGUCUUCAAAACAACAACCCUGUCCACAGGACACCCAAGCUGUGCUUAGAGAGCUGACCGCCUCAGUGGCUGUGCAGAAAGAGCAGAUCACGGUCCUACAGAAAGAGACUGAAGAAAAGACAGCAAAGCUGAAGAGUGAAAUUGACCAGCUGAAGCUGCAGUCUACAGAUCGUGCAGCAAAUCUGGAGACUGAGAUUGACGCGCUGAAGCAGGAGCUACAAGCCACACAUGUGGCUUUCUCAACAGCUGUGGUUCUUCCAGGCAGUGGACCAUUCAUCGGACCCUUUAACACAGAGACCACUCUGAUCUUCAAACAUGUUAUCACGAACAUUGGAAAUGCCUACAACCCAUCCACAGGUAUUUUCACUGCACCAGUGAGAGGAGCCUACCACUUUGAGUUGCACAUGUUUGGACAUGGUGGCGUUGCUGUGGGUGCUUAUUUGUACAAGAACGAAGGGCCCGUUGUUAUUGCAUAUGAACACCAAACAGCAGGUGGAGAACUGAGUGGCUCUAAUGGAGCCUCACUGCUUCUAGAGGUUGGAGAUCAGGUGUUUGUGCGUCUCCUCAACGGUAGAAGGAUAUAUGACAAUGAUAAUCAUCAUACCACCUUCAGUGGUCAUCUGAUUUUCACCAUGUGAGAGGUGUGACAGCUCCAACACUUCCUGUUUGGCCUGUCCUGUGUGGGCGGAGCUUAGACAUUUUUAGUAGUAAAACAGGAAGUAAAUCACCUGCUAGAAUCAGUUUCUUGCUCUCUCUCUCUUUCUGGUUGGGUUCUAGUUUUGUGUUUAUUUGUUUCUACUUCUCCUCUGAUUCUACUGACUCAGAUAAUUUACUUCUUCUUAUCUUUGAUUCAAAUAAAUCCAGUUAAAUGCUCAGUGAUUCUCUUCUCUUUGUCCUUUCUUUGAGUCGGCUCUUCAUAAAGUGCUGCUCCUCCAUUAGGUCAUGACUAUUUUCUAUAAGUUGAUAAACUGCAUUAUUUUUUACUGGCUCCACUGUCCUGUGUUGGUCAGUCUGUUAUUUUGGUGACUGCUGGCCCACAUGUUUGCUUUUAACUGGAGUCUUUCCUGUUAAGUUGAGCAAAAUCCAACUGUUCCUCUUUUUUCUCUUCUUUGAUAAUCAUGCAGGUAUUUUUCUUAAACACGUAACAGAUGUCAAACUUAAUCUGACUAUCAUGAUAAA